AUGGCAUCGAGCAAUUCCUCCAGCAGUGUCCCACCUUCAGGUGAUGGAGGCCAGGAGAAGCAGAAAAUGCUGCUUUCUUCGGAUCAUGGUCAUUUUAGCAUGGUGAAGGCCAUGCAUCUUGCUGAUCUGAUUACUGAAAUGAAUGGUUUCUGCGGAGGCAAGCUCAUAUUUCCCAACCGUUUUUCCAAUUCGCGACUAAUAUGUUGA